AUGUCCAAACAGCAGGCUAUGGAGCAGGAGGAUCACCAGCAGGAGCGCGGACAAGCAGACCAGCAAUACACGGCACUGGAAGAGAAUUUGCAAGCUGCACUACAGGACAAUGCUGAGAUGAAAGGCCUGCUCGAAUCGAUCUCGAUUGCCGGACUGCCACAGCAGAGUGGGUUCCCUAAGGACGGGGUGCUACUCAGACGUGCUUUCAAGUGGAUUGAAGAGGGCAUAGAGAAAAACAAGGCCCGUGAGAUACAGAUUCGCGAGCUCCUCAUAGCACAGUUGACUUUGGCGGCUGUUCAAAGCGCGAUAAGAGCGACGCUGCUGAAAACAAGCAUUAAUACAUGA